CUCACCAGACUGUAUGCUGCGCUUCCGUGCACAUCGCGGUGCUCGGCGUUAAAAAGACGCACACUAAUAAUGUCUUCGGACCGGGUCACUAUUGACGCAAUUGCAAUGCCUUCGCCACAGGCCGCCUGCAAUAUGGGAAGGGCCUCUCAAACUCGAUAUUUUCAAGUCCGUGCAGAUGGCACUCAAUUUGCAAUGCCGGUGCAACACAACAGAGAGGCUCUGCGUAAUUCAGAUAUUGGCCCUCAAUAAAAAUGGUUUCAUUAGUGCCCACCAGCAGAACUUCUGAAUAGCCGUCCUCGUCGGCACUGAUAAUUUUAGUGCGGUCCACUGUAUACGACGUCACUAUAAUGCACGGCAUAUUAGGAGAUAAGUCCUGUUCAAUGGGUUCUCCGCUUUCUUGCACUACAUAAAUAUCGUAUAACCACUCCUUUAGUUGACGAUAUGCAGCCCUCGUUUCAUUGGUCUGAACUAUAAUUUUUAUUUGGUCCUCUAUGUGAACUAUUUUGCACCAAAAAUCGAGUCCAGAGCAUAGCAAUCGUAACGCGGGAACAUUGUUCAAAUUAUUAUAUAAUGCACAAAAAAACUUUCAAAAAUUUACAGAGAGAAUAUGAUUUUUGAUGCGGUCGGGGCGCGUUAUGAAGAGAGACUAAAGGUCGAGGAUGCUGCGCUGAGAGACGCGUAGACAAAUAUGCUGAAUUGCAAACAUAUACAAUUAAUGAGCUACUCGUAACAAUUUCAUUGUCCAGCUGCAGGCAUCGCGCGUGUCUCCUCGGAUAUGAGUAUCGUUAUAUGUUUAAGUAAAUGCUUACUUGUAUAUUUAUUGUGUUACCCCUGGAGACAAAAAAUCUCAGUCGGAAUUCAACCGCUGUACGGAACGUUAUUUAAUUACAAUGUCAGACCGUGCUCUACGUUUGUGUAUUCUAGCCCUUUUGCGCUUAACAAAAGCACACAGUGCGUAGUUGAGGCGUAGAUGCAAUUAUCAUUGGUGUAAUGAAUUGAGACAUUUACCAGGCAAGAGUCUCAUAAAGAGACUAAAGUAUAUUAUAUGGUGGGCUCCUUUACGAGCCAUUUCAGUGGCCUACAACAGAGGUGUGUUAAGUGGUCAACGUGUGUUGACAUGUGUGUUUGAAGAAUUGCAACGACGAGGUGCCGAAAAGUUUCCGUGUAUCAGAGGCCUUGUCGAUGAGAUCAGAAGUAAGUAUCUUUACGUUAUAAGUAGCUUAUUAUUGGUAGCCCGUACAAUAAUUAUUUUCUGUCGAUUAUAGCAUAUCGACAGUUUCUCGAUGCAGUGAGUGAUGAAGAAGAAGCGCUCGUAGAAGUGUCACACACAAUAGAAGAAGAAGAGGACUUAGAGCGUCAAGUCAGUCUAAUGGAACCUGAGCAGGAGGAUCAUGAAGAACCAGGGUCUGGAGCUGGUGCUUGCUCGAUACCGUAAACAAUAUCUGUUUCAUCAGCAUCAUCUAGCACCAGCUUCAGUGGUCGUAAGUAAUAUAGCACAGGAUGAAGAUACGGUGGAGAAAACAGCUGAAUUGCAAAUUCCCUCUGAAGAUACCGAAUCAUCGUCAUCAUCAUCAUCGUCAAUAGUAAUGUCGAGUAUUCCUAAACCAUCCGAAAUAUUAAGCGAUAAUCCUGUAAGAGCUAUGAUGUAUCGACGAGCCCGAGGUAUCAAAGCUGAUGGCGCUGUAGCAGGACCAUCGUAUCAAUUAGACAACGACAUCGAUAGAGCUAUAGCUGAGAGAGAUAAUGAUCUUUCGAUGAGCGAGGCCGACGUUAUACUACAUGCUCCUAUGGAGCACGAGGCUAUGAGUGUGGAUGAAAACGAUGAGAGAAGAGCUGCCAGGCAGUUUGAUAUCUGGUUUCAGCAUUUGAUGGAGUCCGAUUCAGAUGUACAAAGAGGUGCUGGUAGGCCCCGUGGCGCACCGACUAACGAAUCCUUUGGAGAUGUACAGCCACCUGGAGUUCGAAUUUUUAUCACACAGGAUGCAGCACGCUAUUUUAAGCGUUUCAAAUUACAAGGGCGCGAAACAACGAUGCAGAUGCGCCAGCCACCUUCAGGAGUCAAUGUAACAGAGUGGCUCGAAGGAGCAUUCCGCGAUCUUUUAACGCAUCUCACCAGAUACUGCGAGGGUAGCGACUACGCGGGUAUUUCGUUUACAGCGAAUAGCUCAGCUCACGGCCCCGUAUGGCUUGAUAAUGAACGGCACUAAAAUUAUUACUAUGCGCCUC